AUGCUUGUCUUAGGAUUCAUGUGGCUACUGCAGAUGUGGGCGUUGUAUCACUCGUUGCAGGGAAUCUCUGUUGCAGUGUAUAUCAUCAUCUGUCAAACUACGCCACUUGUUGUCUAUUUCAUCGAUAUUUUCAUAAAUGGUAUCGGACCGGGCUACGUCUCCAAGUUCGUCUGCAUCCUCCUGGCAGUACUCGGCAUCGCCAUUAUGUCAAUAGAGGGUAUGUUCCUCCUACUCGCCCUACGUGCUGUGCCCGCACUUAUAUUCCUCAUAUGCACCAUCCUACUAGGAGUAUACGACCACGAUUUACCAGCUUACACCCGCGCUGAUGUGACCGCUAUGAUUUGGGUUACUCUCGCUGAUUGGGCAUACAAUAUCGCUAUGAGUACCGGUCUUGUGAUGCUUUCGCCUCUCUGGGUUACAAUGGGUACGGUUCCCAGUGUUCCGGUCGCUCUAAUAUUCGAUAUGUUUGCCAAGGGACUCACACUGUCAGUCGGAGCCUGGACAGGCGUUUUGUUGACUGCUGUCGGUUUCAUCGUCUUCAACGUGAUCUCUUCCAGAGAAGAGGGUGACAAGCAGCGCGAGGCUGUUGGUCUCCCAUCCGAUCAGUCAGACUAA